AUGCGUACUUUAACUGUUCUGUCGUUUGUCGCUGCUGUGACUGGCUAUCGCAUCAAUCCUCACUUGCGGGAAGAAAACUCAUCGACAUGCUUCCCUCUGCAGUCGGCUACAUUCCACAACUCCACAACCGCCCCGGAUAUGACGCGAUCAGAGUGGUGGUGCUCUGCAGAGCAAACAUAUGGCUUUCUGGGGUUUUCCUAUCCGAUCGAAGAUGACUGCGAUGGCGAACCUUACUCCCUCAUCGAGUCGGAUUUCGCGUCAAUGAAGAAUGACUUUGGCGCUUCAAUGGCGCGCGCUUAUUUGCCCGGCUGCUAUACGGACGAUAUUUGGGAACGAAUUAUCAAAGCUGGUAUUGAAUAUGACAUGGGUGUUAUUUUUCAAGUUGCUUGGCCUCUGAAUGGUGAUCCCGAUUCGUGGUGGAGCAAAAUUCAAGAUUCAAUUCUCGAUACCCUUGCCAACAGCUCCUACGCCGAGAUUGCACCAUUCGUCGUUCACAGUAUUGAAUUCGGAACCGAGCCUAUUGGGGAUACUGACGGAGGUAGCUACGAUAAUUUUGAAGGAUAUUUGUCUAAAUUCAAAGACCUUGUCAAACCGUAUGGAAUACCUGUUGGUAUUUCCGAGGACUGGGAUCGUCCAGGGAUUAUGAGCUCGGACAACGGCAACUCCCUGGGUCCAGUCGGGGAAACGAUUGCAAACUUGAGUGAUUGCGUGCAUGCACAUGUCAUGCCAUAUUAUCAUGAUGAUUUGACAGAGGCUGAUUCGUGGAACUACAUCAAAAAUCAAGUUCAAUGGUUGAAAAGCAACGUGAACUUGCCAAUCUUGAUAUCUGAGACACAAUGGGCCUGGGCAUAUAAUGAUGGUCACGCAGGUGGCCAUGUUACCGGCCCCGAUUCCUGCGACUGCGGCGAAGAACAGUAUACCAAUUACUGGCAAAACUUUGACGAUAAUUGUCAAUUUUUUAAACAAAACCAAGUUGGAUGGUUUCUCCAUUCUUGGCAGCAGGAAGGGACCUUUGACAUGAAAAAAGACGAUGGAUCGUAUGCUAUUCCGAAUUGGGUACCUACAAAAUGCUAA